AUCUGGUAUAAAGGGAGGCUGCAGCCCAGGAGGGACACAGCUGUGCCUGGCUCCAGGACCCAAAGUGCUGCUGUCGAGGAGAGCCACACGCCCUCUGCCUGCAGCCCAGAGCCAGCUCAGCUGUUGCCAAGCAGGACACACCACCAGUCACAGGCCAGGAUGCACGUAGCUCCCACACUUGCCUGCCUCAUCCUGGGCCUGGCCCUCGUCUUUAAGGAAGGGUCCACCCUGCAACCUCAUGAGUCCCAGGUGGCCCAGCUGGCCACAGACUUCGGAAUGAAGGUGUUCCGGCAGGCGGUGGAGGCCUCCAAGGACAGCAACCUGGCUUUCUCGCCCUUCGGGGUGGCCUCGGUGCUGGCCAUGCUGCAGGCAACCACAAAUGGAGAAACCCGGCGGCAGACUGAAGCAGCAAUGGGAUUCAGCAUCGAUGGGAAGGGCAUGGCCCGCAGUCUCCUUCAAGUGUACAAGGAGCUCACAGGCUCGUGGAACGGAGACAAGGUCAGCAUCACCGACGCCAUCUUUGUCCAGAGGGACUUGAGGCUGGUCAAGGGCUUCAUGCCCUACUUCUUCCAGCUGUUCAGGACCACGGUCAAGCAGGUGGACUUCACGGAAGUGGACAGAGCCAGGUUCAUCAUCAAUGACUGGGUGAAGAAGCACACGAGAGGUAUGAUCAGUGACUUGCUUGGCGAAGGGGCCGUUGACCAGCUGACGCGCCUGGUGCUGGUGAACGCGCUGUACUUCAAUGGCCAGUGGAAGAUGCCUUUCCUGGAGGCUGCAACCCGACCCCGCCUCUUCCACAAGCCCGACGGCAGCACUGUCUCUGUGCCCAUGAUGGCACAGACCAGCAAGUUCAACUACACUGAGUUCCUCACCCCUGGUGGUGACUACUACGACAUCCUGGAGUUACCCUACCUCGGGGAGACCCUCAGCAUGUUCAUCGCCGCUCCCUACCGAAAAGAGGUGCCUCUCUCCGCCAUCACCAGCAUUCUGGAUGCCGAGCUCAUCAGUCAGUGGAAAGGCAACAUGACCCAAAGGACCCGCCUGCUGGUCCUGCCCAAGUUCUCCCUGGAGUCAGAAGUGGACCUCAGGAAGCCCCUGGAGAACCUGGGGAUGACCGACAUGUUCAGGCCAGACCGGGCGGACUUCACAAAGCUUUCAGAAAGAGAGCUUCUGUAUGUGUCCCAGGCGCUGCAAAAAGUAAAGAUCAAAGUGAACGAGAACGGCUCAGUGGCGUCCUCCUCCACAGUUGUUGUGAUCUCAGCCCGCAUGGCCCCUGAGGAGAUCAUCUUGGACAGAUCUUUCCUUUUCCUGGUCCGCCACAAUCCCACAGGGACAGUCAUCUUCAUGGGCCAAGUGAUGGAGCCCUGAGCAGGGGAACGGAAGACUGCACCCGGAACAAAACUAAAGCUGUGUCGGAGAAGAGAUUUUGCUCUUAUGAUUCUUUGCAGAGAAAGACAGGGACAUUUGCCUUUUCCUUUCUGUGGUAAAUCUUUCCAGUCGACUUCCUCGAUCUAAGUCUCUGUGGGAGGAGCUUGGAAUCUGACUCUGGCUGGGGACCCCCUUCGGGGGAGGCCCCUGGAACAUGAGGGUCUCCAAGCUGGGCUGUAGGAGCUGCAGAUCCACUGGCCAGAUGUGUCUGCCUGCCUCUCUGCACAUUGGGUCCUCGGACCUGAUUGUCCCCGAGGCCCCUGCAGACCAGAACCACGAGGCUUACUGGAGCUUGUCUGUGCUUGGUAGGAACAAUUUGUGUUCCGCUCAUGCUGCUGCCAUCCCUGCCCUGCCUGACACUGCGGUGGCAGCUGGUGACGGGCCAAAGCAGGCCGACGGAGGGAACGCUUUCAUCUCAACAUCUUCCCUGCACUGACCACUGCCCCUCUCAGAAGGGCCACAGACUGGCAAAGUGAACACCAAGCCUCCCUCUCCCGAAACUGCGUAUCAUUCUGGAGUGUAGGUGAUUGUUUACUCAUAGAAGCAGGUUUUUGCUUCCCACAACUUUAUUUUUGCAGGAAUAGAAGAAGAAAGGUGAGACGUGUGCCUGGCCCCUCACCUGCACCAGCCUCCUGGUGGGGAAAGUGAGGCGCCAGGGGUGUGCUUGAAUAUUUAUCAUUUCCUUGCCUUUGUGUGCUUGUUAGAGAGGAAGAUAUUUUCUUAAGGAAAAAGUGUUAUUUAAGCUUGUACAUAGAGUUCUGCUGUGGUUUGUGCCCUCGCAUCUCAGGGGUUCGGCCCUCCAGCCUCAAUCCGCUCUGGGCGCAGACGUGCCGGGCCCCACACUGCCACCUUGUGGCUGCCUGGGCCCACGCCUCCUUUCUUUCCACUUGAUGGCCAAGGGACCCUGCCAAGCUGCUCUAACCAUAGCCCACCUUAGGGACCAAAAGGAUGGGUGGGUGACGUGACAGAGACUUGAGUGAGGACAAAGUGGUUUCAAGUUUUUCCAAUAUAUUUAGAGCAGAAAUGCAAGGGGCUGCAUGACCUACCAGGACAGAACUUUCCCCAAUUACAGGGUGACUCACAGCCGCAUGACUCACUUCAAUGUGUCAUUUCCGGCUGCUGUGUGGGAGCAGUGGACACGUGCGGGGGGGGGGGGUGAAGGAGACAGCCAGCUCGGACGCCGAGCACCUUGUUAGAUAAUCAUUUUGAAACCCUGCUAGCUGGGGGGAGGCAGGAAGGCCGAUUUAUAGCAGCAUUGCACGUGGAUGCGAAAUGAAUGUAAUCUCAUAGGCGCCUCCACCAUCCCACCAUGUUCUCCACUGAAAAAAUCCUCAUUCUCUGAGUUCUCUUUAAUGCUUUUUUUUCUUUUCUCAUGAUGCACUGGAUGAUGAAAGUCACCCGCAGCCCUUGUAGGGGUCCCUAAACAUGGUGUCAAGUGUUUUGAAAUUGUAUUCGACUAUUUACAUGUUCACUUUUGAUAUAUAAAUAUAAAUGUAUUUUAAAAUAAUAAUAAAAUAAAUAUAACGCAUAUGCCA